AUGACGAACCGCAAGCUCAAAGGCCCAUCGCAUUUUUGCGAAUGGGUAGUUGGAACAACAAUCGAAUCUGCCCUUCGUCCCAUCCCCAGCCCCAAGCCUAAGCCCCCCAAGAACAGGAAACGAGAAGUAGUGCGCGUUCAAGUUACUACUGACGACGAGUCUGAGGAAGACACCGUCAGAAUCACCUACCCUCGCACAGGACGCAGCAUUCCCCCCUCUCCCCCUGACCCCGAGCCAGAAGCUGAAGCUGAAGCUGAAUCUGAGCCUGAACCCGAGCCCGUUCCUAUUGUUACCGAAGCCAAGACUGUGAUCAAGAAAGUCCGCUUCGAAGAUGGCCCCAUUAAAUCCGCUUUGAAGCAAACCGUCAUCACAACCCCAGUUGAGUCUUCUGAUGAAACAUCCGAGUCUGGUACAGAGUCUGAAUCUGAGCCCGCGUCAGACUCCAAUAUCUCUGCCAAACAGAGGAACAAGAGAAGAAGAAAGAGACAGAGGCAAAAACAGAAACAGAAGCAAAUUGAGGCUGAUUCUGAAAGCGACUGGGACUCGGAUCCAGACCCGACUUGUAAGUGUCACAGAUGCGUCAAGGGUCGAGAGAUAUUGAGGAGGAUAGGCAAGAAAAAGAGCAAGGAACAUACACCUCCCCCUAGCCCAGAGACAUCUGAAUCAGAAGAACAAGAACCCCCCAAGCGCAAACCGAGAUCUGGAAAGAACAGGAAGAAGGGCGUAAAGAAGGUAAAGGAGCCGGAGCCAGACUCAGACGCCUCUGAUUCUGCCAAGGACACUUCGGAAUCGGAGCCUGAGACACCACCACCGAAGAAACAGAAGAAAGCAAACAAGAAACAAAAGCAGGGCAAGCAAAAGGGCAAAAAGAAUCAAGAUCCAGCGCCUGAGCAUGAAACAUCAGAAUCCGAACCAGAUCCCCUUCAGAAAAACAAGAAGCAGCAGCAAAAGGCAAACGCCAAAAAGGGUGGCAAAAAGGCCAAAAAGCUGGAACCUGAACCGGAACCUGAAGAAGCUAACGGCGAAACUUCUGAGUCGGCCAACGGAACAGAAGACGAAGCCGAGCCAGAGGAGGAGAAGUCUAAGCAACAAAAUAAAGGCAAGCAGAAGAACAAAAACAAACAGCCAGACAAGGCAAACAGCCAGUCGAAAAAGAACAAGAAGAAGCAAAAGGCUAAAAAAGAGACGAAUAAAGAGCCAGAACCCCCCGGAGAACCAGAAGCUGAAGAACAGGCUGCGGAGGCAACCAAGGAACAAGACCAAGGCAAGUCAGGAAAAAUGACAAUGAAAGAAAAGGGGCAACCCAAAUUCAAGGAUGGAGUCAAGAAGGGCAAUUAUCCCGAAGGACUUCCAGGCCCUCACAUGCGUCGCCCACAGCUGAUCGAACCGAUUCGGGCGCAAGUGGUUCAGACGGAACGCGUGAUCGAAACCCCUGAAGACCCGGCACCAAAUGCUUACUACGAUUCAGAACACAAUAUCAUGCGAGUCUACCAUGGUCCUGUCUAUGGUAACCAUCAAAGCAAUGCCCUCUACCCUGAGCGCAACGGCUCACAUCGCCCCUUACCUAUGGGAAUGCCUCACCCUAUGCAGAACCCCUACUACUAUGGCUUCAACAACCCCAAGGAAUACCCCAACUACUCGCAUAUGUCGCCAUAUCAUCAGCACUACGCAGGUGUCCCACCCCCAGAGGCAUACCCCCAUGUUCCAAUCACCCAAACAAUGCCCCCUCCUCCCUGGUAUGGCAUGGCAGGACCUCCAGGACCUUUCCCAGCCCCAGUCAACUACCAAGAAAAGACCGCUCCUGCCUCCAGCAAGGACAAGGCCAGCCAGAACAACAACGUUGGGCCGCCAAGCCUCACAGGAAAGGACAACCCGUAUUUGCCCAAGAGAAACAAAUCCCAGUUCAGCGCAUGGGGCAGCCAAGGAGCUCGAACUGCCUCCAAGGAACAUAGCCAGCCAGCGGGUUCAGUCAGAGCAGCGUCGAACAAUUGGGGUGGUAGCAACAAUAACGAUCAAGGAAAUACUUGGAACGAUGGAGCCGGUGAUACUCAGAAUGGCCAGAGUAGCUGGGAUGCUGCUGGCCAAGAUAACAACAACAGCAAUAACGGAAAUGACAAAGGUGGUAGCGGUGGUGGCGACGACCAAAAUGGUGUUUGGGGGACCAGCACCAACGACAACCAAGCACCUAUCGACUGGGGCAACGGCGACACUCAAGAGACGACUCAGAAUCAAGAAUGGGGCACUGGCUCGAACAAAAGCAAUGAGACUGUUCGUAAGGCUGGAGACCACUGGGGCAAUGAUACUUAUCCAGGUGCUAGCGGCGACUGGGACCAGCCAAAAGAUGGUGUGAGCAGUGUUGGGCAAGGUGCAGACAACAAUGUUGGUGUUUUGGCAGCGGAUGAUGCCAACGGAAACGGAAAUGAAAGCGGAAAUGGGAACGAUAAUGAGCCGCCUGUUUCUACAGCAGGAGACGGCGGAGCCGACAAUGUCAUGCCAGGUACUUGGGUCGAAACACCAUCUCUCACUGUUGGACCUGAUUGGGGCGAUGCCACUGCAGCACAGGAGACGAAUGGAGCGGCUGAUCAUUGGUAA